AGUCGGCCCAGCUAGAAGCGCGUCCCUCAGGAUCCCAGUUGCUGUAGAAUCCCGGCUGGCCAGCCUGAGCGGCGGGAGAAGGCCCCGGAGCGGACUUGGCGGGGAAUUCCACUCCCUGUGGACGCUCUCAGCGAAGAUGGCGGGGCCAGAGUUAUUGCUGGACUCCAACAUCCGCCUCUGGGUGGUUCUUCCCAUUGUUAUCAUCACUUUCUUCGUAGGCAUGAUCCGCCACUACGUGUCCAUACUGUUGCAGAGCGACAAGAAGCUCACCCAGGAACAAGUGUCUGACAGUCAAGUCUUAAUUCGAAGCAGAGUCCUCCGGGAAAAUGGAAAAUACAUUCCCAAACAGUCUUUCUUGACACGAAAAUAUUACUUCAACAACCCAGAGGAUGGAUUUUUCAAAAAAACUAAAAGGAAAGUAGUGCCACCUUCUCCUAUGACUGAUCCCACGAUGCUCACAGACAUGAUGAAAGGGAAUGUGACUAAUGUUCUCCCUAUGAUUCUCAUUGGUGGGUGGAUCAACAUGACAUUCUCAGGCUUUGUCACAACCAAGGUCCCGUUUCCACUGACUCUCCGUUUCAAGCCCAUGCUGCAGCAGGGAAUCGAACUCCUCACAUUAGACGCAUCCUGGGUGAGUUCUGCAUCCUGGUACUUUCUCAAUGUAUUUGGGCUCCGGAGCAUUUACUCUCUGAUUCUGGGCCAGGAUAAUGCUGCUGACCAGUCCCGAAUGAUGCAGGAGCAGAUGACUGGAGCUGCUGUGGCCAUGCCUGCAGACACCAACAAAGCUUUCAAGACAGAGUGGGAAGCACUGGAGCUGACAGACCACCAGUGGGCCCUGGAUGAUGUCGAAGAGGAGCUUAUGACCAAGGAUCUCCACUUCGAGGGCAUGUUCAAGAAGGAACUGCAGACAUCCAUCUUCUGAAGCUGGAGCUGGGAGUAGCUGUGUCAGGAAACUGAAGUAGUGCUUAACCUUGUACUUUGAUUGGAGCCAGAGCCUCUGAGAUAAAGAGGACGCAGGGGCUGGUGGGCAUGCGGCAAGGCUCGCUCUUGUCUGGGCUGGGCUCCCUUUCCGUUGGGAACUAGAGGACAAGGAGGAGUGUGCUGGGGGCUGACUAUCUACAGAGUGUUCUUGAUUUUCCUUUUGAGUCUAGUAAUGAAAGUCAGAGAACAAGGAAACUCAAGCUGCUAAUACCAUAUGAAAACUUAGUUAAAAUUCACUCUCUGGAAGAAGCCCUGUCGUUUGUAGCUGGUUAUGUUCAGUCAGCCUGACUUCUAACCACAGUAACUCCUUUUUUCUUGGGAUCCAAACACCUCUGCAUUUAUCUUUAAUUUUUUGUUAGUAUUUUUAACUUUCUUUAUAAAAGUAAUGCAUUUCACUUCUAAAAAUUUAGAAAUUACAAGUAAGCAAAAUGAAUCUCCCUGUAUUGUUCAUUUUGAGCCUACAGAAUGACACAGAAAGCAAUGUUUCAAAACCUCACCCACAUAAACCUCAGCGUGAAUACCCAGGGCCAAGACAGACUUGACAGACCCUUCACAUCUCAGUACUGUCCAGAGAACAUCAGUGACCCUGAGGCACUGCCAGAUGCCCAAGUGCCUUCGGGAUCAUCAGAGACAGUUAAGUAACAUGAGUGCUUAUCCAGGCGUGGUUACUCGGGCCUGUAGUCCCAGCACUUGCAAGGCUGAGGCAGCAGGGUCACAAUGAGUUUGAGGCCAGCCUAUACUACAAAGCAAGACCCUGUCUCAAAAAACAAACAAAAAAAAUGUUCUUGGGGCCAGGGAUUUAGCUCAGUGAUUCCACUGCCUGCCCUGCAAGUGCAAGGACCAGAGUUUGAUCCCUGGUACCAAAAAAAAAAUAAUGUUCUUGAUCUGGACUGUAAAAUAUCAAAUCCAUUCGCAAAUCAGUGGUGCUGUACUGUAAAUGCCUAUGCAGGUUACUUUGGACAGGAGAGGAUUUAUCUACCACUGGCAGAAGGGAGUGAGGGCAUUCCUGGCCAACACACAGACCCAGAUGCCAAGCAAGGCCUCUGUCUAGACUCUUGGUCCCAGGGAAGCAGCAGGGUCUCAUUUCUGUACCGAGAGGUGGAUGUAAUUUGCAUGUUGAGCACUAAUCAGGAACAAAUGGCUCUUGACUGAAUUAAACCGUCCUGUUUUCUCUCCUUGGCUGUGAGAUACUGCCUCUGUGUGUCCCUGGCAGCCUCUGCCAACAUCCUGACCAGUGCUGGAGAGUACAGCCUUGCCCUCAACUCAUCCAGUGUGCAUGAGGCCCUGGGUCCAGUCCCCAGCACCAAAGACAGCGCCAAAGAGAGACUGGUUUUGGAGAUCAGAACCUCUGGGAAUCUGAGAGCCAGAGGCAGAUGAGCCCGAGUCAUCUCCCUGAGGCAGGCUUAGCCCAGUGGUGGUCUGGGCAGUCGGAGAGGCUGAGGUGGAGUGGUGCUGCUGGGCGGGAAGGGUUGCCGCUGUGGACAGAGCAUUGUGAGGAGGUGGUCCUGGCAUCCACAUGGGUGACUGGCACCUGCUCUCUGCAUCCCUGACUCCCCAUCUGCCAAUGGUCAUAUGGUGCAGCCAGUGGGGGCAGGACCAGCAGUCAGAAAGGUGAGCAAGAGGUUUCCAUGUGACUCUGCAGAUCCACUGUCAAAGAGGGGAAGCGUCAGGGCAGUGGCUCAUCUAGAACUGGAGGGCAGGUGCUUUCCGUGGCUAAAUAGUGAAGCCCUCAAGUUGACCUUAUUUAAGGAAAACAUUUCUUUCUGUGAGUUUUAAAUACAGAAACUGAAACGGACUCAUUACCCUUAAUUAAGUGCAUAAAUGCUGCCACACAGAUGAAUUCCAAGAGGUUGUAUACUAGGGUAUUCAUUGCCAUUUGCAAGUGAUUACAGAAACACAGUGAAAAGUAGAAAGUUGGGGAGAAGGAGACGCAAUGGAAAUGCCUAUGAUAGGAAAGAAUACCGAGAAAUGAAAAUACAUGUCUUCGAGAAAACUGCGCUCAUUUCCAUAGCAGCAUUGUUUGUAAAAUCCCACAUGGGGAGCAGCUAUCCAUCAUCUGACAAGUGGAUAAAUAAAGUUUGGUGCUGAAUAUCCA